AUGCUCAUUCGACCAUGGGCGGAGCCGGAGGUGGAGUUAUUAAUCCUUGACAUGAGAUCGGCCAAUCCGAGCGAAACAAGCGUGGAGGACCUUGAUUAUACUUGUAGUUUCCAUUUACCUGCACUGAGAAUUGGCAGACACAUAUACGUUGCCGACAUACGCACCGAUCCCGCAUACUCCUGGUCACCGGAUGACAGACUCGCUAUCCCGUUUCACGCAGCAGCGUGCCAGUCAUUGAUCGUCGUCACCCUCAACAAUCAACUUACCUUCGUUAUUUCUGUGGAGAAGCUGCUACCCUACUUCUACAAUAUCGCAAACGUUGGGCAAAAACACCAGAUAUUGUGGGAUACGUGGGGCCCGAGAGCAACCAGAGCUUUCUCUUUGUUUGAAGGACAAUCACCCGUAUGGUUUCGCAACGUUUACAGGACGAGAUUUGUUUAUUUGUCCAGUCAUACUGAGCCCGAAAGGUUCUAUUUGUCGCCGACUUCAAUUAAACGGCAUUGCGAAGGGCCUUGA